UGAAGAACUCAAGAAAAGAGUUGUACCUGAAUGUCUUUCUGGUCAUAAAAACAUCUGUCUUGCUAUUACAGAACCAUACGCUGGAUCCGAUGUAGCAAAUAUUAAAACUGAAGCCAAAUUAUCUGAUGAUGGUCAACAUUAUAUUGUAAACGGUGAAAAGAAAUGGAUAACCAAUGGUACAUUUGCUGAUUAUUUCACUACUGCAGUCCGUACUGGAGGUCCUGGCAUGGGUGGAAUUUCUCUUCUUUUAAUAGAAAGAACAAUGCCAGGUGUUAAUACUCGUCAAAUGUUAUGUUCAGGUGUAUGGUCAUCUGGUACAGCAUAUAUCACAUUUGAUGAUGUAAAAGUUCCAAAACGUAACCUUGUUGGUAAAGAAAAUGGCGGAUUCAAGUGUAUUAUGCACAAUUUUAAUCAUGAACGUAUGGGUAUUGCUAUACAAGCCACAAGAUUUGCACGUGUUUGUUAUGAAGAAGCAAUGAAAUAUGCACACAAACGUAAAACUUUUGGACAAAAACUUGUUGAUCAUGCUGUGAUUCGUAAUAAACUUGCACACAUGGCAAGAAAAAUUGAAGCAACACAUGCUUGGAUGGAAACUUUAAUUUAUCAAACAAAUCAUAUGUCCGGUAAUGAAGCAAUGACGAGACUUGGAGGUCCAAUUGCUUUAUUAAAGGCUCAAUCUACACAAACAUUUGAAUAUUGUGCUCGUGAGGCUGCUCAAAUUUUUGGUGGUUUAGCAUAUACUCGUGGAGGUCAAGCUGAAAAGGUUGAACGCCUUUAUCGUGAAGUACGUGCCUAUGCUAUUCCAGGUGGUUCAGAAGAAAUUAUGCUUGAUCUUGGUGUUAGACAAUCUUUAAAGGUUGCGCAAUUUUAUGGUGCCAAACUAUAA